CUCCAACGGUUAGUUUCUACUUUUUAUCAGAUAAAUAGUAAUUGAGGCUUUCAUUUCUUCACCAUUGGACAUGCUCUUAGGCAACGCAGGUUCUCGUUUCCCUCUCUUCGUUCACAAUCUCACCUCACCUUCAGAAUAAAGAGCCUUCAGAGCUGUUCCCUCAAAAGAAAAAACCCUAGCCUCCUCCAUCGCCGCCACCGUUCUUCUCACUAUCGCCGUCUGUCGCGCUCAAGAUCUUCGUCUGUUUGUCGUGAUCGAGCCCCUCUCCUAAUUCGCCAAUCAUCUACUUCGUCGCUCCAACCCCUCAUCCUGCUCAGUUGAGCUUCGCGCCGUUCCUCGUCGUUCUCGUCGCCGGGUCCGCUCUCCAUCUUUCUCUGCUCAAACUGCUUAUACACGCGUUCUGUGUCGUGACUGAUGGAUUUAUUUUGUGAUUUGACAAUUUGAUGCAGCAAUCAGGUUUUUUAUUAAGCACACAUAAGGAUUACAGGUAAAUUGUGGGGUUAUUGCAGUUGAAUACUGUCACAAUGAUAUCAGAUGAGUCUCUCUUCCACUACUCACUCGUCGCAUUUUACCUCAUAGCGCCGCCAACCUUUAUCUCCCUGAUGUUCCUACAAGCUCCAUAUGGAAAACACCACAGGCCAGGUUGGGGGCCGACGCUGCCUCCCCCACUGGCAUGGUUCCUCAUGGAGAGUCCCACAUUGUGGCUCACCCUCUUGCUCUUCCCACAUGGCCGACACUUCUCAAACCCAAAAUCCAUGAUCCUCAUGAGCCCUUACCUACUUCACUACUUCAACCGUACUUGCAUUUACCCUUUGAGCCUCCUUCGAAGGAGCCCAUCGGGAAACGGCAAGAAAACUUCACAUGGAUUCCCUCUAAGUAUUGCGCUCACGGCAUUUUUCUUCAACUUGUUGAAUGCUUACCUUCAAGCUAGAUGGGUGUCUCACUAUAAGCACAACUAUGAUGGUGAUGGUAAUGAUUGGUUUUUCUGGUUGGCGUUUUUUGUGGGGUUGUUUGUGUUUUUGUGUGGGAUGAGGAUCAAUAUUGUGUCUGAUAGGGAGUUGUUGAGGCUCAAGGGUGAAGGGAAGGGCUAUGUUAUUCCAAGGGGAGGGUUGUUUGAGCUUGUGGCUUGCCCAAACUACUUUGGGGAGAUCUUGGAAUGGCUUGGUUGGGGAGUGAUGACAUGGUCUUGGGUUGGAUUCGGGUUCUUCAUCUACACUUGUGCAAACUUGGUGCCAAGGGCAAUUGCAAAUCGCCAAUGGUACUUGGACAAAUUUGGUGGGGAUUAUCCUAAGAGCCGAAAAGCUGUUAUUCCAUAUUUAAUUUGAUUUUAGGAACUCCUUUUCUGUUGCA